UAUAGUUACGGCUCAAGCUUAGCGGCAGUCACUCCUAGAGGCUCAGCAAACACCACUGGGGUUCUUGGGGGAAAAAAAAAAAAUCUCUCAAGGUGAUAUUGACCUGGGACGCUUGGUAACUGGGGGAACUUCUUGAGAGUUUUUUCUUUUUUUAAAUCUUCUCUGAUUAUUUCUCCUUUUCUAAUAAAGUAUAGAAAAGUAUAGAAAAGAAUCAUGUCGGAACACAGCAGGAAUUCAGAUCAAGAAGAACUCUUUGAUGGGGAGAUUGAUGAAGACGAAAUCUUGGCCAACUUGUCUCCAGAAGAGCUUAAAGAACUGCAGCUGGAAAUGGAGGUGAUGGCCCCUGACCCCAGGCUUCCUGUGGGAAUGAUUCAGAAGGAUCAGACUGACAAGCCACCAACAGGGAACUUCGACCAUAAAUCUCUCGUUGAUUAUAUGUAUUGGCAAAAGGCAUCCAGACGCAUGCUGGAAGACGAACGUGUUCCUCUUACCUUUGUGUCAUCCAAGGGAAAAACUCAAGAACAGCAUGAAGAAAUAGACAAAAGUAAUAAAAAUGUGUCCCAGUAUUUAAAAGAAAAGCUUAAUAAUGAAAUCGCUGCACAUAAAACAGAAUCACAGGGCAGUGACAAUGUCCAAGAAACAAAUAAUGAAGAUAAUGAAGAUGAUGUGGAAGAUGAAGAAGAUGACACAGAAGAUGAAGAAGAUGAUUCAGAAGAUGAAGAAGAUGAAGGAAAAGAGGACAGUGAAGAGAGUGAUGAAAAAACAAAAAGAGGAGAGGAAGGUGAGGUAAAGGAGCAAAUCAGAAAUGGUGAGAACAACAGCCAACAGGUAACUGAUAAAGUAACUGAAGAACAGAAGGACAGACCAGAGGCCCAAGAAAAAAGUGAGAAAAAAAUAUCAAAAUUAGAUCCCAAGAAGCUAGCUCUAGAUACCAGUUUUUUGAAGGUAAGUGCAAGGCCUUCCGGAAACCAAACGGACCUAGAUGGGAGCUUAAGGCGAGUGAGACAAAAUGACCCUGACGUGAAGGAACUCAACCUGAACAACAUUGAAAACAUCCCCAAAGAAAUGUUGUUGGACUUUGUCAACGCGAUGAAGAAAAACAAACACAUCAAAACCUUCAGUUUAGCGAACGUGGGUGCGGAUGAGAACCUAGCAUUCGCCCUGGCCAACAUGUUGCGUGAAAACAGGAGCAUUACCACUCUUAACAUCGAGUCCAAUUUCAUCUCAGGCAAGGGAAUCGUGGCCAUCAUGAGGUGUCUCCAGUUUAAUGAGACACUAACCGAACUUCGGUUUCACAAUCAGAGGCAUAUGUUGGGCCACCAUGCUGAAACGGAAAUAGCCAGGCUUUUGAAGGCAAACAACACUCUCCUGAAGAUGGGCUACCAUUUUGAGCUUCCAGGUCCCAGAAUGGUGGUAACCAAUCUGCUCACCAGGAAUCAGGAUAGACAAAGGCAGAAAAGACAAGAAGAACAGAAACAGCAGCAACUCAAAGAGCAGAGAAAGUUAAUAGCCAUGUUGGAGAACGGGUUGGGGCUGCCACCUGGGAUGUGGGAGACGCUGGGGGGACCAGUGCCCGAUUCUGGGAUGCAGGAGUUCCUCCAGACUCCUCCUCCUCCUCCUCGACCUCCCAGCUCCCACGCAGUCCCCUUCAGUCGACAAAAUGAAAUGAUGAAAAAGCCAUCGCACACUCCGAAGUACAGGACGGACCCUGACACCUUCCGCAUGGUAAAGCUAAAGAGGAUCCAGCGCAAAUCUCGGAUGCCAGAAGCCAGAGAAUCAGCCGAGAAAACCAACCUCAAAGACGUGAUCAAAACACUCAAACCAGUGCCGAGAAAUAGGCCACCCCCGCUGGUGGAAAUCACCCCCAGAGAUCAGCUCUUGAACGACAUUCGUCACAGUAACGUCGCCUAUCUUAAACCUGUGCAACUGCCAAAAGAGCUGGCAUAAGAGGCAACAGAAUAAUCUCGGAGAAGAAGGAAUUCACAUAAUGACUCUUGGAUUAGAGUUGGGAGACUGUUUCAGCAGCAUACUUCUGGAUCCAGGUGGUGGAACUGGGAACAUUGCUAAGUGAUAGGAGUAUUUUGUAAAAGGCUUGGCCCGUGACAAAAUAGGGGCUGAAAAGGCAGGGGGAAGGAGAUAAAAUAUGAAUAUUCAGGGCAAGAUUUUCUACUUCCAAUCAGUUGGAGUGACUUAGGUGAAACUGAGUCUUCUAGCAGAAGUUAAUUUUUUCGUAAACAUUUGCUUUAUUAUUGCUUUCUUCUGGUAAAUAACAAUAAAUACUAUAGCGGUGUUAA